GUGAGACAGACAAGUAUACGGACUUUCACUUCCAACGCAAGUUUCGGACCAAACGGAUGAAGAAGAACAAAGGGUAUAGAAGAUGGCAGAAGAGCAGAAAAAGAGGAACAAUGAGAUUUAUGGAAAGGGAACCACGAGCACAGCCAGUUUCCGUCAAAUUGUCGAAGAAUCGGCUGCAGAGGCUGAUUUGAUCGUUCAAUCACUCAAUAAGACCGACAUGAGAAGUGGAAUGCCCCUUUAUCGCACUUCACGCGCGAUUGAUGGCAAGGCUGGCUUGACAUUUUACCUUGAGGAUGAUGUCAUCUUCCUUGAACGCAAGUCAGAGCGGAGCCAAUUCGAUCCAGUCUCGGUUGAAGACUUAAUCAAAAGCUGUACGUAGCGGUGUAGGCAUAAUUGUGUAUUUAUAAGAGUAAUCAUGUAUACUACUAUCCCCAAUCGACC